AUGUCAGAAAGAAAGGUUUUAAAUAAAUAUUAUCCACCGGACUUUGAUCCGAGUAAAAUUGUAAGAUUACACAAGGGAUCAGAUAGGAAAGGGCCUCGGCAGCAAACAGUUCGCUUAAUGACACCAUAUUCUAUGAGAUGUAAUACCUGUGGCGAGUAUAUUUAUAAAGGACGGAAAUUUAAUGCAAGAAAAGAAAACUCAGGUGAAAGCUAUUAUUCAAUACCUAUUUUUAGAUUCUAUAUCAGGUGUACAAGGUGUUCAUCAGAAAUUACGUUUAAAACAGAUCCUAAAAAUGCAGAUUAUGCAGCAGAAUAUGGUGCUUCACGAAAUUUUGAGCCAUGGAAAGAAAAGAAAGAAGAAAAAAAUGAUGAAGAUCGUCUAGAUGAGCUAGAAGAAGAAGAAAAUGCCAUGACGGCACUAGAACAUAAAACUUUGGAUAGCAAAAUUGAAAUGGAAAUAUCUGAUGCACUAGAUGAAAUUCGUACAAGAAACGCACAGAGGGAGAGGCUGAAUCCAGACCAAGCACUCGAACGGAUUGAGCAAGCAAAACAUGAGCCGUCACAAGAAGACAUUCAAGAAGCUAUAGAACAAAAAAAAGAUAUGGAAAUUGCACGGGCUGUUUUUAGCAGUGAAGACGGGAUUGUAAGACGUCUAAAAGACGAAGAGACCCCAACUGCACAAAUGCUUCUCAGUCGAUCUACAAAAAAUAUCCAAAUACCUGAUUUCAAAACACCUUAUAAACGCAAAACCACCAUUUCUUCUCUUGGAAUAAAAAAAAAAAAACUAGGCAUUGUAUAA